GAUAUAACCACUUCCUGUGGAAGACUGAAAGCUCUCACUUCAGCGUAAACGCCGAGUACAGAGGAUAAGUCAGAUGCUCUGAUGUUGUUACAUGUUCAAGAGAUAUAAUGAGAGCCUGGCUUGUCACCUAGAAUAUUUUCUGUUUCUCUGCUGGUUACAGAUAUAAUGAUCCACCAUGGCAAGUUUGUGUUGACUCGUUUUGUCGGCUGCUGGAAACAGAUAUUUACAGGGAAGACUUUGCUGGUCAUUAACACUGUGAGUGCAGGAGUUCUUCUGUCCACUGGCGACAUUAUUCAGCAGACAUGGGAAAUGAGACGAGACAAAGAAAAAAAGCGAGAUUGGUUGCAAACAGGCAGGAUGUUUGUCAUUGGAUGCUGUCUAGGUCCUGUGGAUCAUUACUGGUACAUCUUCCUGGAUCGAAUACUCCCAGGUGCAACAGUGCGUGUGGUUCUAAAGAAAGUCCUGGUUGAACAAAUCGUGGCCUCUCCUAUUCUAGGAACCAUGUUUUUCAUGGGAACCGGUAUAAUGGAAGGCCAGAGUGUGGAAGAAAGCUGGUUAGAGUUUAAGGGCAAAUUUUGGGAAAUGUACAAGGCUGAAUGGUGCGUGUGGCCACCUGCUCAAAUAAUUAACUUCUACUUCCUCCCUACCAAGUACAGAGUGAUGUAUGUUAAUUUUAUAACACUGGGAUGGGACAUCUAUCUGUGCCACCUAAAACACAAGAAUCCAGUAAUCCAUGAAACACCUGGGAAGCCUGAAGAGAACCCUGUAGCAUUGGCAAAUCCGGUCCAUAAAGUUUUAACAUUGGACAAUCAGUAGGCCAUUUGUCUAAUUUGAAUCAUGAAAUUCAGCACCUUUUGCCUUAGUUAAUAUUUCUCGAAUCUGUUAAGUGAUCUUACCUUUUGGGGUUGAAGAAGCGCACUUCAUGUUUCCAUAUUUUGUCUCAGGGAAAUGAUAUGGGAUUUUCUCAUCAUUGUAAAUGAACGGUAAAAAUUAUUUAAUAACAGCGUUUUUAAGGAUAUCCUUAGCAAACAUUCCUAGUGUAAAAUACAAGGGACCAAUGUGUGCUGUGAGAUAACCCCCCACAAUUAUUAUCUUCACUAUGUGUGGUAUAACACUGCCUUUACAGUGAGAUAUGUGGAUAUCAGCAGUCUGUAUGAUGUUUAAAUAUACUUGGUCUGAGGCUUCAUGCCGGUAUAUGAUCAUGGAAAUUAUAAUCCCAUAUGCAAAGUGUUUCCUAAGGGGCACCUCUAGCAUAACUACUGUUGCUGUCCAUGUCCUGUAGUGCGAUAUUUAUUAUUACUUAUUAUUUUGUGUAGUUAGUGAUAUAUAUAUAUCUACAUACACAAACACACACAUGGGUGAGGGUGUGUAUAUAAAUGUGUGGAUGAAAUGUUUUUGCUUUGCUUGAAUUUUAGGUCUUUUAAAAAGACUAUAUUACUUUUGUCUGUGCUGUAAUGUUGCCCAGUUUCCAUAUUGCAGAUCUGAUUAUAGUCCUCCUUACUGAGCCCUCAGGCAAGUAUUGAUUUUUCCAAUUACUUGUUUCCCAGUACUUUAAUGCUCAGCUGGAUUGCAGCACAUUAUGUAGCCAGUGACUAGCGCAUACAGUACUUACGUGGGACUGGCCGAUUUAUUGUUCACCAGUAUUCAGAUAGUGUUCUACAAUAGGUGCCAUGAACGGAUGUGGGUCUGUGCCACUUUUAGCAAGUGUGAUGAUUUGCUUAAAGGAAUCGUUCAGUAUAGAAAUAAAAACUGGGUAAAUAGAUAGUCUGUGCAAAAUAAAAAAUGUUUCUAAUAUAGUUAGUCAAAAUGUAAUGUAUAAAGGCUGUAGUCACUGGAUGUCUAAUA